AUGUAUGAGAAGCGACUUAAAUGGCUCAAACUAUUCAGCUCUAUGAAACACCCUUCUGCCAUGUGGCGUGUGGUUCCGAUAACAACAUCGUCAGGCAGCCUGGAACUCAACCUAGUAGACAAAGGAAAGACCUCUCUGGACGAGGCAAGGAACCUCCAAGAAAAGCUGCUCAGCUUCAAGGCUGGUGCUAGGGUUGCCGCCACAGAUUUGGUUCAAGACACUCCACUCUUUGCUGUAGCUUCCUAA